AUGACGGACGAGGCGCGAGGGGGAAUCCGAAUCGGGCACAGCACCAACAACGAUGAGGAUAAAGCCGGUGACAAGUCUCAUCCUGAAGUUAGCUCCGUAGAUACAUACAAACUUAGCUCCGAGAUGGGCUCCAGCUCCAGCUCCAGCUCGGAAAUGGACCUUCCCCUUCUAGGAGGUUCUCCGGAUUGCGACAGAGUACUAGGCAUACUAGGCAGCUGCGGUGUAAAACCAAGCACACGACACGAACCUGUCCAUAUGGAGCAUCAUAAUCCUGGAAUUCAUCUCAUCGGAGAUGCAAGGGAUAUUAUUGAUAGUGUCACUGACAAGGGUCAUGUCAUGAACCAACCCGGUCAUUCAAUCCAGGCACGACUGGGCUGA